GGCCUGCGCCUGCGCCUGCGUCGUCAAGCAGUCAGUGUGUGCUUCAACCAUAGGCUUCAACUCGAUUAAUAUUUCCUAUUUGUUCCAGGUCCGUCCAAAUGAUUUCCAAAUAAAAAUGAACAUGCAUGUAUUGGAUAAGACUUCGAUGGUCUUAUGCUUUUGUAAGCACUGAAGAGAUGUUUCAAUGAGCCUGCGAAAAGUUACUGAAGAGAUGAAGCGAAGACUACUGCUGGUGUCGAAUUCAACACUGCACGGGGGUGGAUACCUGGAACACUGUCAGCAACAGAUUAAAGACUUUUUUGGAAAGGAUGUGAAGCGGGUCCUGUUCGUGCCCUAUGCACUGCAUGACAGAGACGCAUACGUCAAGACAGCAAGGGAUAAGUUCAGGAGUCUAGGCUAUGAGGUGGACAGCAUCCAUGAGGCCUCAGACCCUGUGGAGGCAGUCUGUAAGGCGGAGAGCAUCUUCAUAGGUGGUGGCAACACAUUCCGUCUGCUGAAGUGUCUCUACGACAACCAGGUGGUGACUGAGAUCAGGAAGCGGGUGCUUGAGGACGGAAUCCCUUACAUGGGCUCGAGCGCCGGCACCAACGUGUCCACCAUCAGCAUCAACACCACCAACGACAUGCCCAUCGUCUACCCGCCCACCUUCUCUGCCAUCGGCCUGGUGCCAUUCAACAUCAACCCCCACUACCUGGACACCGACCCCACCAGCAGGCACAUGGGGGAGACCAGAGAGCAGAGGAUCACUCAGUACCUUGAGGAACCUGACACCCCCUGUGUGCUGGCUCUAAGAGAAGGCUGCAUGCUACUAGUGGAAGGACACAAAGCUACUCUACUGGGAAGCACCAAGGCCCGCCUCUUUAUCAGGGAGAAGCCCACAGUGGAGUAUGAAACAGGAAGUGACCUCAGCUUCCUGCUGACAGAUAGACUUUGACUUGGGAAAACAUUGUUUCCUCUCAAAGCAUAGAGAGAACUAUGCCAUUCUGUUCACUUUUCACAACAAAAAAAACAUGACUAAAUGUACUUUUCUUAAUCCAUUCUUCACUAAGACAAAAGUAUGGUUUUACUUGUAAAAUAAUAUUUCUAUCAAGUAAAGCUGUUUACUUCUUA